AUGUGCAUAUGUAGGAGAUUGAUCGAUUGUUACUUUGAAAAUAUCAAAGGUGUCAAAAUAGUACGACAAUGUCUAGAAGAUUAUGUGCAGCCAUUUAAAAUAUUUAUUGUAAUUAUUAGCGGGGAGACUUGUUCGAUUGCCUCAUCAAUCAGAAAGAACUACAAAAGAGAUAUAAGAAGUGUGGAAGAAGGGCAUGGAAAGCAAAUGGGGCACAUAUGCUAUCUCUUGACCAGACAAGCUGACCAUACCAACAAGAUAAACAUAGAAUAUAUUGUGUAUGUUAUUGGCCUGAGCCUACAUAUGUUUUUGAAGCUUCAUAUUGGUGAUAUAGAUAACCUGCUGAAUUCUUCUCUGGCCAAGACCUAA